GUCACAGAGGAGCCAAUAGGAAGCGUUAUAAUGAGUGACAUCACUGGCAGGUUGGUUGAUAUAAAGGGAGGAGAGAGUGCGAGUGAGGUCAGAGUGUCAGCAGCGUCACAUACACACACACAGCAACACAGAUCAUCCACAAUGUCAAGUGUAUGCUGGUAUGGGCGUGCGGGCGUGCUGAUGACUGCUGCUCUGCUCUUCUUCGUCCUUGUCGCCCACACUAAUGCUGUUCCUCUAGCCAAGAGGGAUAUUGGAGAUCUUCUUGAGGGGAAGGAUAAACGUCCAUUCUGCAACGCUUUUACAGGGUGUGGCAAGAAGAGAUCUGACCCAGGUGUGGAAGGUGUGGCUUCCAGCUCUGAGCUCGACGCUCUGGCCAAACACGUCUUGGCUGAAGCCAAACUCUGGGAGCAACUCCAGACCAAAAUGGAAGUAAUGCGUAGCCUGGCCGCCCGCAUGGAGAACAACCCACUGUACAGGAGGAAGCGUUCUCUCCCACACCAGCCUCGACACAACCUCACAUCAACACCCAAACAGAAGGUAAAUAGUAAGAAGCAGUGAAGAGAAGAGGUGGUAAAAAGCAGCGAGGGGACGCCAGUGUAACAUAUUCCUGAUGUUAAGGAGGGACAUCAUCUUCUCUGGCUCCUCAAGGCGACUCUUCUCACCUACAGGCUGAAGAAUAAAUUACAUGGCUGUAACAAUUCAUAACUAACCCACAAAUUAGAAAUCAAAACAAGAUGACUUUUCAGUUAGCCCUGGACCAUUGUCAAAUCAUGAGUCACUUGAUAAAAUUGGCCCAGGAUGGCCGAAACUUCAUCGUUUUCAUUUCUAUUUAGUGGGUUUCUCGUGAACCAACAGUCCCUUCCCAUUCACCUUUCUUAACUUAGUUUAAGUCUAUUAGAAAAGAGUGUACAAACAAGAUUCAUCGUCUUCAUCUUGGCGUUCGAAAGAGUAUUAUAUAUAUGAUAAUGUCCAUCUAGGGGCCCUCAACAGUCUUGUUAUUACCGAUCAACGCAAAGUUCACGAAAAAUGGUUUAUAAGUCAUUGAAAAGAAAAUUAUGUAUAUAUAUUUUUCCCCUCACGAUUAUUUUUAUUGUUGUACUGCAUUUUUAAGUGUCCUAAAUACAUCUAUAUAUCUGUUGAAGACUUUGAUGUUCCGUCUAAUCUGAAAUGGAGUCAGAUCUGAGCAUAUUUUUGGAAUAUGGUGGUAGAAGCGCCUCAGGUUUGGAAUCCAGAUAUGGAUGUUUUCCUGAGUUAUGGCCACUUGUAUUGCAAUGUCUCCACCUGUGUUGCAAUACGGCCACCUGCGAUGCAGUGUGGCCACCUGUGUUACAAUACGGCCACCUGCGAUGCUGUGUGGCCGUACUGUUGAACUUGAGUAGUCUUGCUGCCAACUGUCUUUAGGGGAAAAGAAAUACGAUUGUAUGGCUUAGUGUUCAAAUGAAUUACAGUGUUUACGUUCCUCCGA